CUGGGACAAGUUUAGCGCGAGGUGCUGUCAAAAGAAAGACUUGAUGGUAAACACUAAGGAGGAGGACAACGGAUGAUGAUGUCCACAAACAGGCGUGGCCCCCCAGCGUGGUGCUGAGGAGCGCUCUGCUCACACACACACCCUCUCUCUCUUUCACACACACACACACACACACACACAAACACACACACCAACCUCCAUCCACUGACAGUGCGACCGUCCUGCCUGACGUGGAGAUGAAUUAAACGCACUUCACCUUAUGGGCUGAAUCCACCACCCAAAAAAAAAACAUCCGCUUUGGAUUUUGUGUGAACUUGGACGAGCGGAAAAGAAAAGAUGCGGAAAUACAUCAAGUUGUUUGCGUGCCUGCUGCUUGUGUGUGAAGAUGCAGCUUCCCAGAGCAAGAUCUUUGGGGAGACCGAGCCUGUUCGGAUGGUAUCAGAGGGCUCGGACUGCCGCUGCAAGUGCAUCAUGCGACCGCUGAGCAGGGAUGCCUGUCUGCGGCUGCGCAGCGGCAGCGUGCGCGCGGAGGACUUCUACUCGGUGGAAACGGUCAGCUCGGGUUCCGACUGCAAGUGUUCCUGCACCGCGCCGCCGUCCUCCCUCAACCCCUGCGAGAACGAGUGGAAGAUGGAGAAGCUCAAGAAACAGGCCCCCGAGUUGCUGAAGCUCCAAUCUAUGGUGGACCUCCUGGAGGGAACCCUUUACAGCAUGGACCUGAUGAAGGUCCACUCAUACAUGAACAAGGUGGUGUCUCAGAUGAACACCCUGGAAGAGACCAUCAAGACAAACCUGACGCGGGAUAACGAAUUUGUCCGGGACAGCAUGGCCACCCUUACCAACCAGUUCAAGAGAUAUGACAACUACUCCAACAUUAUGAUGAGCAUCAAGAAGGAAAUCUCUGGACUCAGUCUGCAGCUGCUUCAAAAAGACUCCUCGGUGCAGGACACCAAAGAUGAGAGGACCAAGGCGCCUUUAAAAGCAGCCAACAAGAAGCCUCCAGGAUCCAAGCCUCCUCCCAAACCCAAAGAAAAAGUGGUCAAGCCCAAGAAGGAGGUCAUCAAAUCGGAAAAAGUGCUGAAACCAGACCCGACUGCCAAAAGCAAGGUGGUCGGCCAGCAGCAAGGUGUGGUGAGGGGGAUCACCUACUACAAGGCUGCCAAGACGGACAAGGAGGAGGUCCGAGGAGACAACCCGGCCAAAACAUACGCACGCCAUCACGUCACCGAAACCCAGUCUGAGGAUGGUGGAGCCGAGAUGGUUCUUGAAACGGCGGAAGCGACAGCUGCCGAUCCUACCGCAUCAACUGCAUUCCAUAGCAGCGUAGCACCGACCACCACAGCACCACCCACUACCACGGCACAGACGACUGGCCACAGUACGGCAGCUGCAGAGAGGCCGGCCCCCACCAUUGUGCUGCUGCUGGAUAACAGCAACAACAACAGUCGCCCCGCUCUUCACCGAGCAGGGAAAAUUCUGAACUGUGAAGGCACUCUGGCAUCAAUCGAGCAGCCGGAGAAGCAGCACAGUUAUGGACGCAACGAGGGAGCCUGGAUGAAGGAUCCUCUGGCUAAAGACGCCAAGAUCUACGUCACAAACUACUACUACGGCAACAACCUGGUGGAGUUCCGCAACCUGGAUAACUUCAAACAAGGCCGCUGGAGCAACCUCUUCAAACUUCCCUACAACUGGAUCGGCACGGGUCACGUGGUCUACAACGGCGCCUUCUACUACAACCGAGCCUUCACCAAGAACAUCAUCAAGUACGACCUGAAGAUGCGCUACGUAGCGGCCUGGGCGCUCCUGCACGACGUGGUCUACGAGGACACCACCCCGUGGAAAUGGAGGGGCCACUCGGACAUCGACUUUGCGGUGGACGAAACCGGACUGUGGGUGAUCUACCCCUCCGUGGACUACGACUACCACCAGCAGGAAGUGAUCGUCGUCAGCAAACUGGACCCGGGAGACCUGUCCGUGAAAAAGGAGACCACCUGGAGGACGGGUCUGAAGAGGAACUCGUACGGCAACUGCUUCAUCAUCUGCGGCGUCUUGUACGCCGUCGACGUGUACAACCAGAAGGAAGGCGAGGUGCGCUACGCUUACGACACGCACACCAACACGGAAGCCGUCCCGCACCUGGCCUUCACCAACGAGCACUCCUUCACCACGCAGGUCGACUACAACCCCAAGGAGAAGGUUUUGUACGCCUGGGACAACGGCCAUCAGGUCACGUACCGACUAAACUUUGUCCACCAGUGAGAAGCGCUCCACAGGCAACAAGGUACAGGAGGCCUGCUGGUAUGGACCCGAGGUGCUGAGCAUUUUGCAACUUGUUUGAGCUAAAACCACUCAGGAUGUGCCACAAGUCUCCGUUUCAAGUAUUUGUGGACAUAAUCUUCCUGCUUGACUUGCGCUUGAUACACCUUCAAUCGAGAAAAACUGCAUUUUGACCAUCACCCACAAUGCUUAGGUGAGUCUUUCCCUUUUCUGUGCGUUCUGCAUAAUAAACUGCUAGUAAGAGGCGGCUAACAAUGCGGGUAAUGUGAUUUAUCUAUUACGCCUACAUAGCCAUCUAAAAAAAACUCCGACAAAGUUCCUGGGCCACAGAUUGAUCAAUUAUAGGAUGUGAGGGCCAUUUUGAUAGUUGUCGCCUUCAAAACCAGUAAAAUAUAUAGAUUUUUUUUUUCCCCAAAAAGGCUAGAAAAUGCAAUUUUGUGUGAAAGUUGAAGGGGCUAAAGCCAAACUGAAACGCUAACAGAUCGCACGCUGGCCGGAAGACGUCAAGUAACAAAAAAUAUGGGCAAAAUGAGCUAAAAGAAAGAGAGCUUGCCACCAGUACUAUGGUAAAAUUCUAAGAAUAGCAUGCUUACAGUUACCAGAAUAUAUGACACUGAGGUGUAUACCUCUAGAAUGCUAAUGUUAGCAUGUUCAAAUGCUAAAUGUAACAUGCGUCAAGUACCAAAAUAUAUUACUCUGAACUGAAAUGCUAACAGUUAGCAUGCUGAUUAGAUAGUGUCAAGUAACAAAAAAAUGUGCACAAAAAAAAAUACCUAGCAAGCUAACAGUACUAUGGUGACAAUAGCGUGCUUUCAGUUAACAUUAGAGGAAUAAGAAAAAUGUAUGACACUGAAGUGUAUCCCUGCUGAAGUAUCAAAAAAAUCUAGAACGCUAUUGUUAGCAUAUUGAAAUGCUAACUAUAUCAUGUUAGUUGUCACUUUCAAAAACAGUACAAUAUAUAGAUUUCUUUAUUUUCCAAAAAGCUAGAAAAUGCAAUUUCGGUAAAACAAUUUGUGUGAAAGUUGAAGGAGCCAAAGCCGAACUGAAACGCUAACAGUUAGCACGCCGGUCGGAUGGCAUCAAGUAACAAAAAAUUUGGGCAAAAUGAGCUAAAAGAUAGUGAGCAUACUAACAGUGCUAUGGCAAAAUGUUAACAAUAGCAUGCUUACAGUUAGCAUUAGCAAAAUACCAGAAUAUAUGACAGUGAGGUGUAUACCUCUAGAAUGUUAAUGUUCAAAUGCUAAAUGUAAUAUGCGUCAAGUACCAAAAUAUAUUACUCUGAACUGAAAUGCUGACAGUUAGCAUGCUGGUUUUAUAGCGUCAAGUAACAAAACAAUUUGCACACACAAAAACAAGCUAGCAAGCUAGGGUGACCAUUUCCAUGACACCAAAAAGGAGGACAUUAUGCGGCAUAUCAAUAAAUUACUAUGGUGUACAUAGGACUCUGGUAUACUCUUAUUUAUAGUACAAUUUUGAGUGGUUUAAAGAUGAUGUUUGUGUGGCUGAAUAGGAAAAAAUAUUAAAGUCAAGUGUUUGUUAACAGUAUUUGUAUUUAUUCAAUACAUUGUGGUGUUCAAAAAGUGACCACUGAGAUUAAUCUUUUCAAGUGCAGAGUGCCACAAAGCAUAACAUGUGUGGACUUAAAUGUAGUUAA